GAGAGUAUCGAACCAGAUGCCGAAGACUGUCUAACACUCAACGUUUAUACGAAGAACCUAUCUGGCAGACUGCCUGUUAUCGUCUACAUUCACGGAGGAGCGUUUGUCAUGGGAUCAGCCCACAGCUAUCCGCCGGGGUAUUUACUCGAGAAGGACAUCGUCCUGGUCGUGGUACAGUAUCGCUUGGGACCGCUGGGAUUCCUCUCCAUGAAGAGUGAGAAUUUGCCAGGAAAUGCAGCCAUAUUCGACGUGAUCCUCGCCCUCGAGUGGGUGCAAGCGCACAUCAGUUCCUUCGGAGGAGAUCCCAACAGAGUCACUCUGAUGGGACAGUCGGCAGGAGCGGGACUUAUCAAUGCCCUGGCCUACAGUCCUGUCGUUGACGAGAGACUCUACCAUCAAGUGAUAGUUCAAUCAGGAGGACCAUGA